AUGCCGCUUCCACGAUACUCGCUCGACGAUGGCGCUGAGGACGAGGAUGAGGUGCUGGACGAGUCGUAUCGCUCCGUCGGCAGCUCGUCACGACCGUUCGCGGCUGCUGGUGGUGCAAGCUCAUCCUCGCAGGCCUCAGCUAUUCGAGCAGGAUCUCCGUCGUUCUCAGCAUCAGGCUCGGCGGCUGAAGCGGGGGCUUCGAGUCUGGACAUUGACGACCUGCUACGAUCCUCGACACCGACGAACUCGCACUCCGCAGGGCAAUCCACCAAGGGCUGGCCAUACUCGUCGUCGUGCUCUUUGGCGCGCAUGUCGGCAUUCGAGCAGUUGACACUGUUCAUGGCUACGCAAAAAGCGGCACCCGAGCUGCUGCCCUUCCCCACAUCGGCAUUCGACACGCUGCUCGGACAGAUGGAACAGCAACAGUCGAUCGUCGACUCGCUGCUGCAGAUCGGCAGUACAGCCGACGCGGACGAGAUCGACGAAGACGAGUUUUUGCGCCUCAACAUGGUGCAGGUCGAUCUGGAACGUGCAAAGUGGCUCGUCAAGCUCGUCACGCGCACGCGGCUCGACCUGGCGCAAAAGUUCGCCGGCUUCAUUCAGGCGCGCCCCGCACAGAGGGCCAAGCUCAAUCCCACAGAGACCAGAUUCGUGCAAGACUAUUGGCAGUUGAAAAAGGACCAUUUCAAUACGGCUGUUCUUGGAUUCUUGCCAGAACAGCUUCGAGAGAUCGAGGCGCCUGGACAGGACACUUUCAGCCAGCAAGAGUCACACCAGCCCAAUACCUCGACCAACAUGCGGCCCGAUCUAGAUGGACCAGUGUUCGUGCGCUGCCUGGACGAGUGUGGAACGAUUCAACUUCCAGACGGCGAAUCGGCCAUCCUGGACAAGGAUUCGAUCCACCUGCUGCGGUACCGCUCUGUUCGGCACCUUGUCUACCAAGGCUCUGUCGUGCUACUAUAA